CAUUGCGAAAUUUUAGUGCAGAGGAAUGGUUUAUAGACGCCACCGUCCAGAAUGCUUGUCCGCGAGGAGGGAAGCUUUCGGAAUUUAGUUUUGCGAUCAAGAACACAGUUGGUACAACCGGAUCCGCAGCACUCGGGCAGAUUUCGUAGAAAACGUGAGUCCAAUUUGAAUGUUCCUCAAUCAUCCAGGUCCAGAAUGACCGAAUCCGUGGUGGCGAGUCGGCACAAGGAUUGCCUGCCGUGCCGCAUUGUCAGUGGAACCGGCGUACUUGGCAUGGGCGUGUACGUCUGGGUGCAGGCCAAGAAGCGACCGCAGGCGGUUGGCAGAUAUGCUAUGUAUGGCGUAGCGGCAGUGGCCGGAUCAGUCGGAAUAGCGCGGCUCCUAGAUGUCUAUCCUUUCGGAAAGCCAGAGAGUAAAUCAAAAGAAUAAAUACACCGUUGUUCCAUGUUGGAUGUUAAACUAAUGUUUUAUUCACUUGAAAUGAAAAAAAAAUAUGUAAAUUUAAGUUAAAUUAAAUGGAAUUCAAUCCACAAGAGA